AAUCUUGUGCGCCUAUAAAAACGUCGAAAUUUCCCCGGCACCGUUAGCAGCGCCAUAGUGCGGCAAUCGCCGAGAAUACUCUCCGUGACGCCAUACGAACCAUUCCACACUCUUCCUUUCCGUUGUCCUCCCGUGAGUGGAACAUGUCGCAUACUUCUGAACGGCGAAAUGAUGAUCAAUGGCCAGGAGAUUCAAAAAAUGGCCCUAGUGAAAGUGAACAACCCACAUACGAUGGGCCUCCGGGAAUGGACCCUGAUGGCAUCAUCGAGUCCAACUGGGACGUUGUUGUCGAAAAUUUUGAUGAAAUGAACUUGAAAGAAGAACUGUUGCGUGGAAUAUACGCUUAUGGUUUUGAAAAGCCAUCGGCAAUUCAACAACGUGCCAUUUUGCCAUGCAUUAGAGGACUCGAUGUUAUUGCUCAGGCCCAAUCUGGUACUGGCAAAACUGCAACAUUUUCGAUAUCGAUUCUUCAACAAAUCGAUACUAGUAUUAAAGAAUGUCAGGCUUUGAUUCUCGCACCAACUCGCGAGUUAGCUCAGCAAAUCCAGAAGGUCGUUAUUGCGCUAGGUGAUUUUAUGCAUGCUGAAUGCCACGCGUGCAUCGGUGGUACCAAUGUACGUGAAGAUAUGCGUAAAUUAGACCAGGGUGUCCAUGUGGUGGUUGGUACACCCGGAAGAGUUUACGAUAUGAUUAGUCGAAGAGCGCUACGCGCAAGCAGCAUUAAACUGUUUGUAUUGGAUGAAGCCGACGAGAUGUUGUCGCGAGGAUUCAAAGAUCAAAUCCACGACGUUUUCAAGUUAUUGCCCAAUGAAGUGCAGGUUAUUCUAUUAUCUGCCACAAUGCCGUCAGACGUUUUGGAUGUAUCCAAAUGCUUUAUGAGAAAUCCCAUUCGUAUUUUGGUUAAGAAAGAGGAACUCACCUUAGAGGGCAUUAAGCAAUUUUUCGUUUACGUUGAGCGUGAAGAUUGGAAAUUGGAAACUCUUUGCGAUUUAUAUGAUACUCUGAGUAUUACUCAGGCUGUUAUCUUCUGUAAUACGCGCCGUAAAGUAGAUUGGUUGACUGAGAGUAUGCAUAAACGAGAUUUUACUGUCUCGGCUAUGCAUGGAGAUAUGGAACAAAAAGAAAGAGAUCUCAUUAUGAGGCAGUUCCGCACUGGGUCAUCCAGAGUUUUGAUUACUACCGAUCUUCUGGCGCGUGGUAUAGAUGUACAGCAAGUGUCGCUGGUCAUUAACUAUGACUUGCCUUCUAAUCGUGAAAAUUACAUUCACAGAAUUGGUCGUGGUGGUCGUUUUGGCCGUAAAGGUGUGGCCAUUAACUUCGUGACGGAGGAUGAUAAGAGAACGUUAAAAGAUAUUGAACAAUUUUACAACACUCACAUCGAUGAGAUGCCAAUGAACGUCGCUGAUUUGAUCUAAGCCCAAUUUUAUUGGCUAUAAUUCAUUAUAAUAAAAAAAAAAUAAUAAAAAGUAAGUGAAAUAAGAAGCUCUCAGCUGAUCUCUCAUGGUGUGUGAGUAUAUAUAUGAGUGAGUUGAUGAACUAUAUCGCUUAUGUAAACGCGAUCUACCAAAAUAUUCCAACAUUUUCGUAUUCGUUUCGAUUUAUGAUAGUAGAUUACGGAAAUAGCUAUCUGUUGCGCUACAGGAGUUAGUAGUACAACAUUAUUACUAUUAGUAUAUUACUACUGUUGCCGCUAUCGAUAUUGCUGCUCUGCUACUACUAUUACUACUACUACUAUUAUUACUAUUAUUCCUAUCAUUAUUGCUAUUAAUACUAUUAUAAAUAUUAAUAUUAUUACCAUAUUGUCGGUACUGGCUGGUCGGGAUUAUUUUUAUUUUGAUUUUUAAUAAUAAUAUUACAAUAUAUCACGCUACAGGGUGGAAAGAAUAGAACUAAAGUGUAAAGAGCGCAGCCCGGUGCAAUUUGAUUAUAUAUUAUCCCUAUUGCAACAGGUCAAAGAUUUUACUUUGUCCGGACUUGAUUUAUAUUUUUACCCCAUUGCAAUGGUUACUAUAGAGAUCUUGAAAUCUAUCCUUUUGAGAUUUUUCAAUCCAUCUGUUUCUCCUCAAGAUAUUUCUAACUGGAUGAUCCGAUCUAUGUUCAGCAUUUUUUGUUCGAUGCUUUUAUCACCGCGAUUACAACUCGUUUGUCUAGGCAGAGGUUUAGUUGGGUAUUGGAAGGGGUACUUUAAUCACAAGCGUUGUCGCAGAAGAUAUACAUUCAAGCUUAGAUAAUAUGAAUUUUUGUAUAUCCUAAAUCCCCCAGGUGCACACCUUCAUAUUAAAUAAAGUGUUUGACCUUUUAAAAGAG